AUUUGAUCUAAAAAAAAAAAAAAAAAAAUGAUAGACGAUCUUCGUAUCACAGGUUACAACGCUUUAUUAACUCCUGCUUUCUUACAAGAAGAAUUUCCUAUAUCAAAGAAAUCUGAGGAAACAUCAAAAUUGGCUCGUGAUGAGUGCUCAAAUAUUUUGCAAGGUAAAGAUGAUCGUCUUAUCGUUAUCGUUGGUCCUUGUUCUAUUCACGAUACAGAGGCUGCUAAGGAUUAUUGUCGUAGAUUAUUAAAAGUGAAAGAAAGACUUCAAGAUGAAUUGGUUAUCAUUAUGCGUUCAUACUUUGAAAAGCCUAGAACAACAGUGGGUUGGAAGGGUUUGAUUAAUGAUCCAGAUAUUAACAACAGUUAUGAUAUCAAUAAGGGUCUUCGUAUUGGACGUAGACUUCUUUGUGAUCUUACAGAUAUGGGUAUGCCUGUUGCUGUUGAAUUACUUGAUACAAUCUCUCCUCAAUACCUUUCUGACCUCAUGUCCUGGGGAGCUAUUGGCGCACGUACCACUGAAUCUCAACUUCAUCGUGAAUUAGCCAGUGGAGUGUCUUUCCCUGUUGGCUUUAAGAAUGGUACAGAUGGAAAUGUUCGUAUUGCAGUAGAUGGUAUUCAAUCCGCUUCUUCACCUCAUCAUUUCUUGGGUGUUACUAAGAAUGGUACUGUCAGUAUCACACAUACGACUGGUAACCCCGACUGUCAUAUUAUUUUGCGUGGCUCUAAUAGUGGACCCAACUAUACUAAAGAAUAUGUAGAUAAAGCAAGAGCUGUAUGUGAAACAGCUGGUAUGAGACCUAAUAUUAUGAUUGAUUGUUCACAUGGCAACUCUUGUAAAGAUCAUCGUAAUCAACCUAAAGUAUGCAAAGAUUUAGCACAACAAAUUACUGCUGGUGAUGAUGCGUUAAUUGGUGUUAUGAUUGAAUCCAACAUUAAUGAAGGAAAACAAAGUGUUCCAAAGGAAGGUCCUGCAAGUUUGAAAUAUGGUGUAUCAAUUACAGAUGCCUGUGUAGAUUUCGCUACUACAGAACAAAUGUUGGAGGGAUUAGCUGAAGCUGUUAAAGCAAGACGCGCUCUUAAGAAAAAUUAACAAGUUAAUCAUGUAUUAUGUAUAAAUCUUUGUUUCUGAAAAAAAAAAAAAAAAGUACACUUUAUUCAUAAUUCUAGUCUAAAACUAAUAUAACACAAGCUUCAUCUCAAUAACAUGCAUUAAAAUAUGUUUUUUUUUUAUUAUGGGGAAAUAAAUUGUAAUACUUGAAACCUC